AUGACCACUCAAAGCGCCAUCAUUGCCCAAGAGCCGGGUCAUGCGAUUCUCACACAAGAUGCCCCGCUCCCUGCCCUCCCAGACAACUAUAUUCUUGUCAAAACAAAAGCUGUGGCUUUGAACCCCACGGAUUGGCGUCACAUUGAUUUUGUUCCUUGUAAAGGGGCUACCGUAGGCUGCGACUAUUCUGGAAUAGUGGAAGCUGUUGGUCCGAACGUCAGAAAGACAUUCAAAAAAGGCGAUCGGGUUGCUGGAUUUUUGCAUGGUAGCAAUGCAGUUCGUCCCAAUGGUGGCGCCUUUGCUGAAUAUAUCAUUGCCAAGGGUGAUUUGCAAAUUUUGGUUCCCGAUUUCAUGACUUUUGAAGCAGCAGCCACUUUUGGCGUUGGCUUGACUACUGUUGGUCAAAAUCUUUACCAAAGCAUGGAGUUGCCCCUGCCCGGUCAACCAGAUGAGGAGUCAGAGGGCACAAACAUCCUCAUUUAUGGAGGAGCCACAGCUACUGGAACUCUUGCUAUUCAACUGGCCAAGCUGUCCGGGCUGCGCGUUGUGACGACAUGCUCUGAAACCAAUCGCAAUCUGAUGUUCGAGCUCGGAGCAGACGCUGUAUUUGAUUACCGCGAUCCCGAAGUCGGCGAUCAAAUCAGAGAGGAUACUGAUGACACUCUGGAAUUCGUUCUGGACACAAUCUCUACCCCGCAAUCGGCUGCGAUUUGCAGUGCAGCCAUCUCAUCGGCGGGUGGGUCUUACAAUGCCCUGUUGGAUGUCAAAUCCACAAGAGACGAUGUUGAUUCGCAUGUCUCAAUGGCAUAUGACCUCAUUGGUGAACCUUACCGUAUGGGGGCACAAGAGGUCUCUCCCGACCACAGCAACCUUGAAUUCGGGAUCAAGUGGUGGGAAAUAGCCCAGAAUCUGCUGCACGAGCGCCGCAUUCUCCCCCACCCUUAUCAGGUGAAGCCAGGCGGCUUGGCCGGGGCGCUGGCGGGGCUCCAAAUGUUGAGGGAAGGCAAAGUCCGAGCCAGUAAGCUAGUCUAUCGUGUGGAUGAAUCUGAGUAA